CAGCAAAAUGCAGUUACCAAGGCGUCCAGGGCGAAAGCCUUUAUUAAAUACAUGAUGGUGGGGUGGAAGGACAUUCAGUACUGGACGUGGGAGUUUCUGGCAAACCUCCAGCUCUUAAAGUAUACCCCUGUGUCCUGCGCAAACUAAAUCUGGCGCCCUCCACCAUAGAUAUGUAUAUCGCCCACGCCUUGGCCUUUGUCGACUAUUUGGGCGACACUCCUCCCCACCACUGCAGGGUCCCCAAAAGGAAGGUUUGCUUCCUCCAGAGGGAGCUUAAAAAAAUACUAAAAAUUGAAGGUCGGACGGUCCUGGGUCACCAGCAGACCAUCAGACAAGUGAAACAGCAGCGGCUGGUGACCCGGCAGUCGCUGUCCACAUGCCAGUCCCUGGCGAGGGCCAAGAUCCCCGAGCUCCUGGACGACAUCGAGAGAGGUUCGCCCCGAGACCCGAAGACCCGAUACAGGUUCUUCGGGUACUUUGGGGCGUACAUCUCCUCCAUCUACGGCCAUCGCACCGGAGUCCUCACAUCAUUAAAAGUCAAAGAAGUGAAGGAGGCUCUGGGUGAUGAGGAGGCGGGAUACCUAAUCAAUGUCCAGGAUCACAAAACUUUAAGAAAAUUUGGGAAAGCCCAGGUCUACCUGGACAAGGUGGAGUACGGGUGGUGCAAGAAAUGGCUGGACCUCAGAAAGAGGACGGUGGCCACCAACCUGUACUUUUUCACUUCAUUCGGGAAAGGGCAGGCCAAAGACAUGGUGCGUUACAUCCGCAUGGCCUGGGCGGAGAUGGGCCUGCCGGGCAGUCCCACAGUCCUGGACAUCAGGAGCGUUGUUGCCACCUAUAACUUUGAGCAGAACUCAGCAGAGGCCAGGGCCGAGGUGGCAAAAUUCAUGUGUCACAGCGUGGCAACCCAAGAGCGAUUCUACGCGCUGCAUAAAUCCGUGGCCCUGGCCGGCAAAAUGCGGCAGCUCUUCGUGUGGGCAGCUGUGGAUGAUGGGAAGCCUUCCGCUGCUCCCUCCACCUCAGCAGCAGCUCCCUCCUCCUCUUCCUCCUCCUCAGCAGCAGCAGCACCGCCAUCUCCCUCCUCAGCAGCAGCGGCUCCCUCCAUGUCAUCUCCAUCUCCCAAGAGGAGUCUCAGCAUGGUGGUGGCGGGCGCAUCAGGAAGCGGAUGCUGAGCCCGGCCAAGGGCUCCCCUUCAAAACUGAAGACCGCUUGUAAAAAAAAACUGAGGGUUGUGGUCAAAGACCUCUUUAAGAAGUAGUAGUUUUUCUUAGUUUAGUCUAGUUUUAGCGAGUUUAGUUCUUUAUAAGUUGUAUAUUUGUUUUGUUUUGUUUUGUUCUUUGCUAGUUAUAAUAAAUGUAUAAUUGGUUCAUGUUUGUGAAUAUGUUUCAUUAGGU